AUAAUUUACCUUUCAAAAAAAAAAACAAACCAUAAUUUAAAUACCGAGCAUACAAAUUCUGAAUCAUUAGUUUCACAAGAGUCUGUUUCUCCUGGCAAUUGGCUCCAAAAGUUUGGUCCCAGAAGAAGCAAGAACAAAGAUUUCUUGCUGAACAUAACCAAACAAUGGGCCGCGGAGUCAGCUGUGGUGGUGGACAAAGUUCAUUGGGAUACUUGUUUGGAGGUGGAGCAGAGGCUGUUCCAAACAACACUCGUUCUCUGAAUAGGACUUCUUCUGCUAGCUCGAUACCAAUUGAAAUGCAACCUCCAGCAGGCAUUCCCACAAAAAGGGAUGCAGUUGAUAAGCAAGUCCCAGCUUCAAGCAAUAAUCCCACAAACACAAUACCGUCUCCGAAUAAGACUAGUGCUCCUGCUACAAAUCCAAUUGACAAGAAUAUUCCAGCAGGCAUUCAGAGCAAUCCCACAAAUAAUUACUUGCGUUUGGAUGGCCAAAACUGUGGCAACUUCAUCACGGAUCGACCAUCUAGGAAGGUUCAUUCAGCUCCGGGAGGUGGAUCGUCCCUCGGAUACUUGUUUGGCGGUAGUGAUGGGAAAUGAUUCUUGCUUCUGAAUAAUGCAUCAGCACUCAGCAGCUGAGUUUUAGAACGGAUAAUGUGUAACAUUAUAUAUCCCAGAAAAAUCGAAGUUUAUAGUUUUAUACAAUGAAACUGUGAACUAAAUCUUAAUGACAAAUACAUGAUGUAAGUGUGUACAAUGGGAUUCUUGUGAUUGGACAUAUUUGCUUCACCCUGGUC